CUCGCUGCCAGCGCCGGGCUGCUGAGGAGCCAGUGCUACUUCGUGUGUCUUGUUGGAGACAGCACUUGGGAAGGUGGGAUGAGGAUAACCUGAGAUCUCAGGUCUCCCCACGGGACAGUGCUCUCUGUUGCUGCAGUUCUUUGGGAGCAUCACAUAUGUCAUCCUCAUCCUUGCACGGGACUCUGUGCUGACAGGGGGGAGCUUGAGCUGCUUUGACUGUGUUGAUGCAAGGUCACUCGAACCCUGAAGCGAGCGAACAUGAGUGCACUUGAUUUGACUUCAAUCCUUGAUUUUCUGGAGAAGGCCAACUUAACGGAGAUCAACUGGAUGUGCAACAACAGCGACUGCAUCACAGUCGAUGCAACAACAUGCCCUGGCACACUAAACAAGAGCGCCCUGCUCUACACCCUAUCCUUCUUCUGCAUUUUUAUCUUUGUCAUAGGGCUGGUGGCCAACUCUGUCGUGGUGUGGGUCAAUCUGCAAGCCAAAAUGACUGGCUAUGAAACCCACCUCUAUAUCUUCAACUUGGCUGUUGCCGACCUGUGUGUCGUCAUCACCCUUCCCGUCUGGGUUGUCUCCCUUGUCCAGCAUAACCAGUGGCACAUGGGAGAAAUCACGUGCAAGAUAACUCACCUUAUAUUUUCCAUCAACUUGUACGGUAGCAUCUUCUUCCUGGCCUGCAUGAGCGUGGACCGCUACCUCUCAGUAGGCUACUUCACCAAUUCCAGCAAUCGCAAGCAGAAGAUAGUCCGUCGCUGCAUCUGCAUCCUGGUGUGGCUUCUUGCCUUCUCUGCAUCUCUCCCAGACACCUAUUUUCUUAAGACAGUCUCCUCCAACAACGAAACGUAUUGCCGUCCCGUCUAUCCCGAGGAGAGCUUCAAAGAGUGGUUGAUCGGCAUGGAGCUCAUCUCUGUUGUGCUGGGCUUUCUUAUCCCGUUCCCAGUCAUUGCUCUCUUCUACUUCCUCCUUGCGAAGGCCAUCUCAGCCUCCAGCGACCAGGAGAGGAAGAGCAGCGGGAAGAUCAUUUUCUCCUACGUAGUUGUGUUUCUCGUCUGCUGGCUACCCUACCACGCGACUGUCCUUCUUGACAUCUUCUAUAGCCUUCAUUUCAUACCCUUCAGUUGUCAAAUGGAGAACUUCUUGUACGCCACGCUUCACAUCACCCAGUGUUUCUCUCUAGUCCAUUGCUGUGUCAACCCCAUCCUGUAUAGCUUCAUUAACCGCAACUACAGAUACGAGCUCAUGAAAGCCUUUAUUUUCAAGUACUCUGCCAAAACUGGCCUCACGAAGCUUAUCGAUGCUUCCAGAGUGUCGGAAGCAGAAUACUCUGCUCUGGAGCAAAAUGCCAAAUGACUGCAGCUCCGUAAAGAACCCUCCUCGACUCUCUGACUUUUUUUUUCCCCUCUCCCCAUGCUUGUUAUGAACGGGGCAUGAAUUACAGCCUACAGAAGAGAAAUAGCAAACUGUAAUUUAAAAGUAGAAUCUGGUGCAAAACGGAAGUGGUACCAAAAUGAAGCAUUUUGUUGCUGUGUUUUGUUUGAUCUCCUCCUAGCCCAGUCUGGACUUCUUGACAAUGCUAUGCAAAUGGAAAUGACUUCCUAGCAGACAAAGCCAUUGUGUACUAUAGAUAACAUGCAUUUUCAGGAUAAGCUUGUUCCUUCCACGUGUAGAUUCCCUCUCGUCUCAUUGUAUAUGUUAUAUAUAUAGUGUGUUGUAUUUAAAAGCUCAAGACUUUAUUUUCUGGCUAUUGGUGUACCUUAUACAAUUGUAUUUGAAAUUUAAAUAUAUUUUUAUCAUGUAUUUGAAGUAUAUUGCUGAUGAGUGUAUCCGGAGUGCUGUAGUCCGAGUGUUAGGAUGCCAUUUGGUUUUAACUAUCCUAGGUAAGAGGAUGGCAACAAAUAGCAGUACGGAAAUGAUCUCGUACCUGCAUCCUCGCUGGCUGGCACACUUUAUUGACCACAGCUUUAUGUGGUGGUUGUACCCACGUGUCUGGAGCAUGAAAUGUAUGUAUUGUAAUAUAGUUACCAUCAUGUUAAAAUUAACAAUAUUGUAAGAGUUGUUAACUCCUACGCCCGUACUUCACAAGGCUGUAUCCUUAUGCACAGGAUGAAUGAUCUUACUUCUGAGAGUUGUCUCUAUUUGUAAGUUAUUUUUGUAAAAUAAAAAGCUGGAAAA